AUGACAGGGGUAGCAAAGGCGUGGGUGGAUGACAGGGCAAUCCUUCCUCCCGCCGCCACGCCUCCAUCUGCCCGCCGACGCGUCCGACCUCCGCGCCGACGCGGACGACCAGCGCGGCGACGCGGACGACCUGCGACCGCCGCGGACGGCCAGCGCGCGACCCCCGACGACCAGCGCGCUGCCGCGGACGGCCAGCGCGGCCUCGCCGACGGCCCGCGCGCUGACGCGGACGGCCAGCGCGGCCCCGCCGACGACCCGCGCGCUGACGCGGACGGCCAGCGCGGCCCCGCCGACGACCCGCGCGCUGACGCGGACGGCCAGCGCGGCCCCGCCGACGACCCGCGCGCUGACGCGGACUGCCAGCGCGGCCCCGCCGACGAGCCGCGUGCUGACGCGGACAGCCAGCGCGCGGCCACGAAAGAACCGCGCGCCACCGCGGACGGCCAGCGCGCGGCCGUCGACGCCCCUGCGCCAACGUGGACGGCUGGCGCGCAGCCGCGGCUGAUCUGCCCGCCGUCGCGUUCGCCUGCCCGCGAUCUCCACGACCUCGAAACCCUAAUUCCUCCCCGCACUUCCGCACCAGCCUCUCUUCCCCUCUACCUCCUCCCCCUACUCCACCCCUAA